CCGCCGGGGGAGUUCGCACGCGCCGCGGUCCCCCCGGGUCCCUUCCGCACCGUGAUGGGGCACCUGCCCACGAGACCGCGCGGCGGCCGCCGUUUCCUGUCUCUGUUCUGGUUCUUUGUGCUGCUCAAGAAUGCCACAACAUUCCAUGUAACUGUUCAAGAUGAUAAUAGCAUCGUUGUCUCUUUAGAAGCUUCAGAUGUCAUGAGCCCAUCAUCUGUGUAUGUUGUGAAGAUAACUGGGGAAUCAAAAAAUUACUUCUUCGAAUUCGAGGAAUUCAACAGCACUUUGCCUCCUCCUGUUACCUUUAAGGCUAAUUACCAUGGCCUUUAUUAUAUAAUCACUCUGGUAGUGGUAAAUGGAAAUGUGGUUACCAAGCCAUCCAGAUCAAUCACUGUGUUAACAAAACCCCUACCUGUAACCAGUGUUUCAAUAUAUGACUAUAAACCUUCUCCUGAAACAGGAGUCCUAUUUGAAAUUCAUUAUCCAGAAAAAUAUAAUGUUUUCACGAGAGUAAACAUAAGCUACUGGGAAGGUAAAGACUUCCGAACAAUGCUAUAUAAAGAUUUCUUUAAGGGAAAAACAGUAUUUAAUCACUGGCUGCCAGGAAUAUGUUAUAGUAACAUCACUUUUCAGCUGGUAUCUGAGGCAACUUUUAAUAAAAGUACUCUUGUGGAGUAUAGUGGUGUCAGUCAUGAACCUAAACAACAUAGAACUGCCCCGUAUCCACCUAGAAAUAUCUCGGUUCGUAUUGUAAACUUGAACAAAAACAAUUGGGAAGAACAGAGUGGCAGUUUUCCAGAGGAAUCGUUCGUGAGAUCACAAGAUACAGUGGGAAAAGACAAACUCUUCCAUUUUACGGAUGAAACCCCUGAAAUCCCCUCUGGCAAUAUUUCUUCUGGUUGGCCCGAUUUCAACAGCAGUGACUACGAAACUACAUCCCAGCCCUAUUGGUGGGGCGGCGCAUCUGCAACCCCUGAAAGUGAAGAUGACUUUGUCAGUGUCCUUCCCAUGGAAUAUGAAAGUAACAGUACACUCAGUGAGACUGAGAAAUCAACAGCAGGCUCUCUCUCAUUUUUUCCUGUACAAAUGAUCCUGAAUUGGUUACCACCAAAACCACCCACUGCCUUCGAUGGGUUCCAUAUCCACAUAGAAAGAGAAGAAAACUUUACUGAAUAUUUGACAGUGGAUGAAGAAGCACAUGAAUUUGUUGCAGAAUUGAAGGAGCCUGGGAAAUAUAAGUUAUCUGUGACAACCUUUAGUUCCUCAGGAUCUUGUGAAACUCGAAAAAGUCAGUCAGCAAAAUCACUCAGUUUUUAUAUCAGCCCUUCAGGAGAGUGGAUGGAAGAACUGACUGAGAAGCCCCAGCAUGUGAGUGUCCACGUUCUAAGCUCAACCACCGCGUUGAUGUCCUGGACAUCGUCCCAGGAGAACUACAACGGCACCAUCGUGUCUGUGGUGUCGCUCACCUGCCAGAAACAGAAGGAGAGCCAGAGGCUAGAAAAGCAGUACUGCACUCAGGUGAACUCAAGCAAAUCUAUUAUUGAAAAUCUGGUUCCUGGUGCCCAGUACCAGGUCGUGAUGUACCUAAGAAAAGGCCCUUUGAUUGGACCCCCUUCAGAUCCUGUCACAUUUGCUAUCGUUCCAACAGGGAUAAAGGAUUUAAUGCUCUAUCCCUUGGGUCCUACGGCAGUGGUCCUGAGUUGGAGCAGACCUUACUUAGGAGUGUUCAGAAAAUACGUAGUUGAAAUGUUUUAUUUCAACCCUGCAACGAUGACAUCAGAGUGGACAACGUACUAUGAAAUCGCAGCGACUGUCUCCUUGACUGCGUCCGUGAGGAUAGCCAAUCUGUUGCCAGCAUGGUACUACAACUUUCGAGUUACCAUGGUAACAUGGGGAGACCCGGAAUUGAGCUGUUGUGACAGCUCCACCAUCAGCUUCAUAACAGCCCCAGUUGCUCCGGAAAUCACAUCUGUGGAGUAUUUCAACAGUCUGUUAUAUAUCAGUUGGACAUAUGGUGAUGACAAAACUGACCUCUCCCAUUCUAGAAUGCUACACUGGAUGGUUGUUGCAGAAGGAAAGAAGAAAAUUAAAAAGAGUGUCACACGCAAUGUCAUGACUGCAAUUCUCAGCCUGCCUCCAGGAGAUAUCUACAACCUCUCAGUAACCGCUUGCACAGAACGAGGAAGUAAUACCUCCAUGCUCCGACUUGUCAAGCUAGAACCAGCUCCCCCAAAAUCACUGUUUGCCGUGAAUAAAACCCAGACUUCGGUGACUUUGCUGUGGGUGGAAGAGGGAAUAGCUGAUUUCUUUGAAGUCUUCUGUCAACCAGUUGGCUCGAGUCAAGAAACAAAACUCCAGGAGCCGAUUUCUGUUUCCUCUCACGUUGUGACCAUCUCCAGCCUCCUUCCUGCCACUGCUUACAACUGUAGUGUCACCAGCUUCAGCCACGACAGCCCCAGUGUCCCCACGUUCAUAGCCGUCUCAACAAUGGUUACAGAGAUGAACCCCAAUGUGGUAGUCAUCUCAGUACUGGCCAUCCUCAGUACACUGUUAAUUGGACUGCUGCUCGUGACCCUUAUCAUUCUGAGGAAAAAGCACCUCCAGAUGGCAAGGGAAUGCGGAGCAGGAACUUUUGUCAAUUUCGCUUCUUUGGAGAGGGAUGGAAAGCUUCCAUACAACUGGCGUAGGAGUAUAUUUGCUUUCUUAACCCUGCUACCCUCAUGUCUUUGGACUGAUUAUCUUUUGGCAUUUUAUAUUAAUCCUUGGAGUAAAAAUGGUUUAAAGAAGAGGAAACUGACUAACCCAGUUCAACUGGAUGACUUUGACGCCUACAUCAAGGAUAUGGCCAAAGACUCUGACUAUAAAUUUUCUCUUCAAUUUGAGGAGUUGAAAUUGAUUGGACUGGACAUCCCACACUUUGCGGCAGACCUUCCACUGAACCGAUGUAAAAAUCGUUACACAAACAUCCUACCGUAUGACUUUAGCCGAGUGAGAUUAGUCUCCAUGAAUGAAGAGGAAGGCACAGACUAUAUCAAUGCCAACUACAUUCCUGGAUACAACUCACCCCAGGAGUAUAUUGCCACACAGGGGCCACUGCCUGAGACCAGAAAUGACUUUUGGAAGAUGGUUCUACAACAGAAAUCCCAGAUCAUUGUCAUGCUCACGCAGUGUAACGAGAAAAGAAGGGUGAAAUGUGAUCAUUACUGGCCAUUCACGGAAGAACCCAUAGCUUACGGAGACAUCACCGUGGAGAUGAUCUCGGAGGAAGAGAGGGAUGACUGGGCCUGCAGACACUUCCGGAUCAACUAUGCUGAUGAGAUGCAGGAUGUGAUGCAUUUCAACUACAUGGCGUGGCCUGAUCACGGGGUGCCCACGGCAAAUGCUGCAGAGAGCAUCCUGCAGUUUGUACACGUGGUUCGACAGCAAGCUCCCAAAAGCAAAGGCCCCAUGAUCGUGCACUGCAGUGCCGGAGUUGGCCGGACGGGAACAUUCAUUGCCCUGGACAGGCUCUCGCAGCACAUUCGGGAUCAUGAGUUUGUCGACAUCUUAGGGCUGGUGUCCGAAAUGCGAUCCUACCGGAUGUCUAUGGUGCAGACAGAGGAGCAGUAUAUUUUUAUCCACCAGUGUGUGCAACUGAUGUGGAUGAAGAAGAAGCAGCAGUUCUGCAUCAGCGAUGUCAUCUAUGAAAAUGUUAGCAAGUCCUAGUUCAGAAUCCAGAGCAGACAGGACAUGCCUCCCUUGCUUCCAGAGUUUUUUAGGGGCCCUGCUGGCCAUUUUGCUAAGAAGAGCCCCUGCUUUGUAGUCUGUGGCCAAGGAGACAAUCUAUCUCACUGAAGCACCGGGAAGACUUAGCCUUAAAGAGCCUACAGUGUCUUUUGGACUCCUUCACUUCUGGACAUUUAAUAACGGACCAAAUUCAACUGAACACCACAAAGGUCCAGACGCUCUGCAAAGGGCAGGAAGCACAGCACUUCCGAAGAGUUUCCUUGGCCCUUGGCUGGUUGGGCUGAGUUUUUUGUUGUUGUUUUUAAGUGCAAUAAUUUUUGUAUGUGUGAUUUUAUCAGGAAGUUGAAUUGUUUUCUACCCACACGACCGACCAAGCCCAUAGCCCAAGGGGGAACAGGAAUGGUUAGUAUCAAAUUAUACCUCAUUGUUAAAAAGUGGCCUGGCCACACAUGAGGAAAUGUCAAUUCCACUUCAAGGAAAUUGAACCAGCGAUAUCAGUCCUCCAACAUUAAGCUGCUGGAUCAGGAGCGGGGUGGGGGGAGGAGGUGGGGAAGAGAGAAGGCUUCUACCCACAGACCGACUGCAUAUCUUUUCCAAAUAGGAAAAGCUGUAAUGCAGCUGCAAAGUAGAGUAGAAAAAAUAUUUAAGUCUUAAUUGUUCUAGUUCUUGAUGGUUUUCUUCCUUAUUAACAGUUAAGUGUUGUUUUUUCCUGGGCCCUCUUGAACUAAUGUCACUGUCCAGAUUCUUUUUUCACCAAACCAGAUCUGGUUCAGAACAGUUUGAAGAAGGACUCUUAAGACUCCAUUGCUGUCUGAGCAACCUUGGUGCCUAGACUUUGCAUUCCUUUUUCUGUGGACCUGCAUACAUGUGAAAGCUAUUUCUUUGAGAACUAUAUAGGCUGUGAAAAACGCACUUUCUUGCCCCCAAAGAGCUGGGGAUUUAUGAAGUUAUGGCAACGAACUGCAGCAUGCUAGGAUGAUUAUUUGGCUAUUGUCAAGCGUCUCUAUGGAUUCCAACGGAGGUUUCUUUUGGUUUUGUUUUCUUUCGGGUUGUCAGUUUCAUUUUAACCAGUGUAACUAGUAACAUUUUCUUCGGAUUUUGUAUAAUUACAGUACAUGAUUGUGUAUUGUGACCUACAUGCUGUCAAGAUGGACGCUGACAGCAUCGUGAAGCCUGUUACUUUGUGUCACUUCCUUAACAAAAAUAAGAGGUGAUGGUAUGGAGAUACAAAGGAAAACAUUUGGAGCUGAGAGUAAACACAAGCUGACUGCU